AUGGCAACAGGCUCGGGAAAGUCACUAUGUUUCCAACUGCCACCACUAGUACUCAAGAAGACUGCCAUCAUCAUCUCCCCACUCAUCUCAAUCAUGGAGGAUCAACUAAUGAAGUUGACAACUCUUGGAAUCAAGGUAUGUCACUUCUCAAGCAAGGCAUCAAAGGAGGAGGAUGUGGUUCAGAAGUUGGUUGGUGGAUAUUAUAGAUUGGUGUAUAUGAGCCCUGAGAAGGCGGUCAAUUCAAUGGACUUGAUAAUGGAGCUGUACGAGUCGGAUACGUUGUGUCUGUUCGCCAUCGAUGAGUGUCACUGUCUGUCACAGUGGGGUCAUGACUUCCGUCCAAAGUUCCGCAAUCUCGAGCUGCUCAGACGUCUCUGUCCCAAUGUGCCCAUGAUGGCGCUGACCGCCACGUCCACCUCGGCGAUCGAAGCCGACGUGUGUCAGGUACUCCUCAUGCGCGACCCUGCAAUCUUCCACUCGAGUCGCAACCGUCCCAACAUAUUCUACAAGACUUUGGCCAAGGCAGCGGGCAGCAAGGGCGUGGACAAGGACUACGCACACAUUGCCAAGGUGAUCAAGGGCAUGAACGAUGCAUCGUCAGUCAAUCAAGUGUCGACCAUUGUGUACUGUCCAACGAUCGAGCAGACCAAGGAAAUACACGCCUAUCUCAAGAGGAAUGGUUGCAACAGUGCCUGCUAUCACUCACAGGUCAAGCUCAAGGAUCGCACACAGAUACACAAGGACUUUAUGUACAACAACGUCAACGUGGUCGUGGCCACCAUCGCCUUUGGCAUGGGUGUCGACAAGUCUGACAUCCGUCUAAUCAUCCAUUAUGGUGCGCCCAAGAGCAUGGAGGACUACUAUCAAGAGUCUGGACGAGCUGGACGUGAUGGACUGCCAUCACUGUCGAUCGUGUUCUUCAACAGGACGGACUUUGUGAGGAAUCAGUUCAGAGUGAUGUCAAAGGAGGGUGGCGCAAUGGAUAGUGAGAAGGCGACAAAGAUGAAUGAUGCCAAGAUGUACUUGUUGAACGAGAGGAACUGUCGACGCAAAUCACUGCUACAGGCAUUGGGCGAGGAGUACGAGCCCCCCGCCACUGCCACUGGCUGUGGCGCAUGCGACAACUGUCUGCGAAGAGGCAAGGACGCUGAAGAUGACAAGCCCAAGACCCUGAACCUGACGAUCGAAGUGCUCGACCUACUCAACUGUGUGCUGGAUGUAAAUCAGAGCAUGGGCAUGUCCAACAUCAUCAAGGUGCUGCGUGGCUCCAAUGUGGCCAAGGUGGCCAAGCAUCGCAAGUCCAAGACAUUCAACAAGGGCAAUCACAUGUCGGAGAAGUGGUGGCGCGAGCUUGGCGAGCAGUUGGUGCAAGAGGGAUACCUAGUCGUGCACACCAUUCGAUUCUUCUCAAUCAUCAAGCUCACAGACAAGGGAUGGACAGUGCUCAAACAAGACCUCGUACAGAACUUCAAUCAAUCACCCAAGAACAAGUCCAAGACAUCCACAGACGACAACAACAACAAUGUCAGCAACAACAACAAUGUAAACAACAUAGUGAUUGAACUGCCUUACACAAGAGAGUUGGCCAAGGAUUAUGCAAAGACUAGGUCAUACAGCAAAGUUGAGCGUACACUUGGAAAGGAGAAAGCAGAGAAACUACGCAUGGACCGUACACCUAGCAAGCCACGUCUGUCCAAAGCAGAGUUUGGAAUAAUGUCGGAGCUCUUCCAGAAGCUUAUCCUCUUCCGUCACAACCUCUCACGAAUGCUCGACAUACCACCCUAUCUCCUGUUCUCGGAACAGUCUCUUAAGACCAUCGCGGAGAAGAGACCUGCGACAAUGGAGAUGUUGAGGAUGAUUGAAGGAUUAGAGGAGGCAAAGAUAAAGGCACAUGGAACAGCAGUGAUCAACUUGGUCAAGGAGUUCUGUGCUGAGAAGCACUUGGACGAGGAUUUGGAUGGCAAGGCGAUGAUGAACCUACCCACGACUCCAGAGAGGAAGUCAAUCAAUGCAGAUAUAUUGAUCGAUGUUGUGAAUAUUAUAGACGAGGUGAUUGAUGUUGAUGGAGAUGGAGAUGAAGAUGAUGAAGACAACAACGAUCAGUACACUCAAACAAAUAUUACAGGAUUGAAACGAGCAAGAGACAGCGAUAUAUCUGUACAGGGAGAUGAAGAUGAUGAAGCGGCUGCUGUGGCAGCAGUCAAUCAAGAGACAUACGACGAUAUCGAGUCAUUUAGAUAUGAUCUCGAUGAUCCAGAUGAAUUGGAACAGAUCCAGGCCGGCCUGGAUCAUGAUCAUGGUGAAGACAGGUCAUCCCAAACACCUCCAAUCACAUCUACAUCCACAACUUCAACUACAACAACUACAUCAACAACUACCACCAGGGUACCAUUGAAGUUGACUUUGAGAUGUUUGUCACCUCCACUGUCAUUGAAUUUGGCCCCGCCACAAAGAUCCAACAGCGACUCGAAUCCAACAGUAUACUUCAUCAAGUCAUACAGCAAUCAGUUGCCUGCCAACACCAUUCCAGACCCAAUCAAGUUGAUGGAACACUUCAAGGCUCAACGAGACAUGUACAUUCAUUCACGACAACAACUACAACAACCACAACAAGUUACAAGCACUUAG